UAUUGUCAUCUCUAGGCGAAAUGUGUUAGUAAAUUUACGAAUUUCUCGAAAACGAAAACUGACCCUCAAAUAAACCUUUAUUUGUUAACAAAACGGUACUAACCGUUGCUUGACCCUCACACAUACUCUUCCUGCAAGCGAACAAGACAUAAUGGUGAUUGGCUUACUGGUACGCGGUGGCCUGGUGGCCGGUACGGUUUACUACACCAACAAAGUGGGCAUCUGGAGUGACUCCGAGCAGACGGAGAAGCUGUACAACAAUGUCAAGUCCGAGCUGUGUCCGUACGUGCAAAAGGCGAAAAAACAGCUGCCAUUCGAUGUGCCACAGCUGCCGAACACCGGCGAGAUGCGCUUCCUGGCCAAACACUACUACAACGAGGGCGUCAAGGGCUCCAUCCGCUUUGUGCACAUGCUGCCCUGCUAUGCGGGACGCGGCCUCAAGAAGGUCAAGGAUACAUUCGAGGAUUUUGCCAAGUCCCCAGCCAUUACGGGCAGCCAGGAAGCGGUCAAUCCAGCGGCCAAGCAAUAGGCUGGCUCCCUUACCCACAUGCGCGGCUGUUUUUGUGUUAGAUUAUAGUUAGCCCAAUGGCCCAAUUAAGUGUAAAGUUUCUCGCCAGCAAAGUGAAUACUUAAACCGAUUGAACGAUGGUCGAGGGGCGCGCUCCCUCUUCAAGUUUAGUAAUAAUAAAAAUUAUUGUUUUAGCGUGGAAGAUCGCUGUGAAAUG